AGCCAAGCUCUUUACGCCCCAGCUAAACGCAGAGCUCUGUGCAGGCGUUGGAAGUGACACGGCAGCUCUACGGGUCGCCAAAUCUAUCGCCAAGGCGUGAGCGCACGCUCUCGCUGCCGCAGACCGAGGCAUCCGAAUAGCCAGCUCUCUCUCGCGCAGCGCAGAGCGCCAACGCCGAGCGCCAACGCCGGCCGACGCGGUCCGCAUAUAGAGCUCAUCUCAGCGACCAGCGAAGCUAAAUCACUGGCAGCGCGACCAUGGCCGACGCCCCGCCGCAGCCGCCCGCGCCCCCGAGCAAGGAGCAACAACUUAGCAUAGAGGAGCAGCAAAUUAUUGCGGAAAUCCAAGAACUCCAAAGACAUUUGCGCGAACUCAAGGCCCAAGAGGGCCACGACGACGACGAGGAGCUCGUCGUGCCGACCACAAAAACGCGGACACCGAGAAGGGUCCUCGUCGUGGCCAAUAGACUACCUAUUAGAGCGAGACGAGACGCGCGCACCGCAAGAUGGACCUUCGACACGGCUCCCGGUGGCUUAGCGACGGCGCUGCGAGGCAUCGCGACGGACGUCGAGUUUGUGUGGGUCGGGUGGCUCGGGGCUGAUGUCCCGCCCGCCGAGCGGCCUCGCGUCGCGGAGCGGCUCAUGAGGGAACACGGCUGCUACCCCGUCUUUCUCGAUGCUCAAUUAGUAGAUAGGUACUACAACGGCUUUUGUAAUGACGUGCUAUGGCCCCUGUUUCACUACGUACCCCUACCGGCCUACCAGGCCGGCGCCGAGAAGAAGUUCGACGCGCGGUUGUGGGAAGCCUAUAAGGAGGCGAACGCGCGCUUCGCCGAUGCGGUCCUAGAGGUCUGGUCCGCCGGCCCGCCAACCGAGAACGAUUCAACAGCAACGUCAAAGGUGCCGGACUACGUCUGGGUCCACGACUACCACUUGAUGCGCUUGCCCUUGGAGUUGCGGCGGCGAGAUGCGAGAGUCUCUGUCGCUUGGUUCCUGCACACGCCCUUUCCGUCCUCGGAGAUCUACAGGAUCCUACCGUACCGACGAGAGCUCUUGGAAGGCUUGUUGCACGCGGAUCUCGUUGGUUUUCAUACGUAUGACUAUGCGAGGCACUUUUUAUCGGCUUGUUCUCGUGUGUUAGAUGUCAGUACAACGACCCCGAAGGGCAUCGAGUUCGGGGGGCGGUUCUGUAGCAUCGGCGUCUUUCCGAUUGGCAUCGAUCCCACCCUUAUUAGGAACACUCUGAAGAGCCGAGCGGUGCGCAGGAGAACGGCGGAGCUCGGGGCCACGUUUAAAGGGCGGAAAGUCCUCAUCGGCGUCGAUCGCUUGGACUACAUCAAGGGCAUGCCCCACAAAUUGCUGGCCUUUGAGUUGUUUUUGGCGAGGAACCCGUCGUGGGUCGGCAAAGUUACGUUGAUCCAAGUCGGCGUGCCGACGCGUCCUUGGCCGGUGUGGAAAUCGCGACCUCGUCUGAUGGACACGAGUCGCGUCGAUGGCGUGAAGGCGCCGUGACACUUUGAUCUCCGCGCAGGCACCGACGUCGCCGAGUAUCAGGCGUUGGCCAAGCACGUGAACGAGCUUGUUGGAAGGAUCAACGGUGUGUAUGGUACGUUGGAGUACUCACCCAUACAUUAUAUCAAUCAAUCGAUCCCGCAAGACGAGCUGAUAGCUAUCUAUCAUCUCGCGGACGCGUGUCUCGUGACGUCCGUGCGAGACGGCAUGAAUCUCGUAUCUCAUGAAUAUGUCGCCGCUCAAGAAUCGUUGGAUCAGGAUGAUACUGGUAUAGAGGAAACUAGACCGAGAUCUCGAGCUUCGUCGAGCAAAGACGACGACGACGUCCUCCAGCCCUUCGUCAAGGAGGGGCCCGGCGCGUUAGUAUUAUCGGAGUUCGCCGGGAGCGCCCAGUCGCUGUCGGGCGCCAUCCGGGUCAAUCCCUGGAAUACUGACGAGCUUGCGAGGGCGAUCCACGACGCCCUCACACUCACGAGAGUGGAGCGGGAGCUGCGGUGGGCGAAGCUCCACCGCUACGUCUCGACGAACACGGCGUCGUACUGGGCGCGGAGUUUCGUCGACGAGUUUCGGGACGUCUGCGAGCACCCUCCUUUAUUGCCGAAGCUGCCGAAGCUGCCCGCCGGUCGCGUUUUACAAGCUUAUCAAAGGGCCUCUCGGCGACUAGUUGUCACGGACUACGACGGCACGCUGACCCAGAUGCAAUCACUACCGAGACUCGCGACACCAGCGCCCGUCGUCACGCAGUUGCUCGCAACUUUAUCAAGAGAUCCGAGGAACACGGUCUACGUCGUUUCUGGGAGAGAGAGACGCUUCAUGGAGAAGUGGCUCGGCCGAUUGAAAGUCGGUCUGGCGGCGGAGUUUGGAUUCUGUCACAGGGCGCCCGGGAGCGAAGAAUGGACGUCAUUGGGACGAGAUCUGGACACGUCCUGGAAAGAUGUGGUAAGGCCCAUCAUGCAGUACUUUGCGGAGCGGACUCCUGGUACUUAUAUCGAAAGCAAAGAAUCAUCUUUAGCGUGGCAUUAUCGAGACGCGGACCCGCAUUUCGGCGCGUGGCAGGCCAAGGACAUGCAGAUCCACAUGGAAGAUGUGAUGAGUACGUUACCUUUGGAGAUCAUCCAGGGGAAUCGGUUGGUCGAGGUGAGGCAUGUGGGAGUCAAUAAAUCUUUAGUCUUGGAGGAGGUUCUGCGGCAGGGUCCGCGGAACGGCUACGACCCGCCGCCGCCUUCGCGAUCCGAGGACUCGCCCCAAGUGGCCUUGACCGAGGACUUUGACUUUGUGCUCUGUGUCGGCGACGACCGAAGCGACGAGGACAUGUAUCAAUUAUUGAAGAGCUGGCACUCUCGCAGAUGCGAGGCCAUAGAUCAUGAAGAUGAUAGGGCGCCGGACCUGUAUAACGUGCACAUCGGUCCCGGUGCUACUCAUGCCGAGUUCUGUUUGGAGAGCGUCGUGGAGCUGCGGAAGAUCCUGCGGGGCAUGGCCGCGACGUCGCUGAAGGAUAGUAGGACGAGGAGGCGGUAGUUUUGUUCCUUUCGCUGCGUAAGUGGGGGGGUUUCG